ACUCUCCUCAGACCCAGUUUCCUGGCUGUGGGUCCAUGAGAGGCAGCAGUGAGCAGCGCAGUGUCUGGAACUGCAGCAAGGCGACGCUGGAACCUCCCAAGUCCAGAGCUGUGGCACUGGAGCAGAACGGGUGUCACACGCCUCAGGCAGUCCUGCUCACCUGUGAGUCUGAACUAAGUGAAGAGAGGAAGCUGUAGCAAAGGAUCCAGAGUGAAGAUACUCCCAGGAUCUGGAGAGUGACGGAGUGUGGAACCGUGAAAAGCAGCCUGUUUUGGUUGAGCAAGGAGCAGCCAUGUGAUCCCUAACCAGAUGUUGGUUACUCUGGCAUUGUUCUUUCUAAAAUACUGACAACUCUCCUCAGAAGAACUUUCCAGCCUGGUAUCCUGAGAGAGUCAGCAGUCAGCAGUGCAGUGGCUGGAACCACAACCUAGCAGCAGCCCUACAACUUCCAAGGAAUUCCAGUCUUUGUCCCUAAGACAGAAACUCAGAGCAAAGCAACAACAAGAAUGACUGCUUCUCUGGUAAAUAUACCCCAGGGUCUGUUAACAUUCAGAGAUGUGGCUGUGGAGUUCUCAAUGGAAGAAUGGGAAUGUCUCAACUGUUCUCAGAGGGCACUGUAUACAGAUGUGAUGACGGAGAAUUACAAUAACCUAUUGUUUUUGGAGAAUUAUCUUAACUUUGAGAAGGUUUUGGAUCAAGGAACAAAGCAUACUGUCCACAAUCAUAUGUUUAUCCAAGAAAAGUCUUACAAAUGUAAUGAGCCUGUCAAAGUGAUUCAUGAAUCCUCCCAAAGUACACACUCCAGAACAAAACAUAAAGAUGAAUCUGUCAAAGUAUUAAACCUAAACAAAAACAAAAUUGGGAAGACUGGAGUUGAACCAUGCAAAUUCAAAGACUCUGUGAACUGCUUGAAUGUGUGUUCCAUCAUUAGUCAAAAUGGAAGAAUCCAUAUAGGAGAGAAAGAACCUAACGGUACAGAUCAUGAAAAUCUGUUUGACUCAAAACAUAAACUCAUGCUGAAACAAAGUAACAGUAGUGGAAAAAGACCACACAAUUGCAGGGAAUGUAGGAAAUGCUUCAACAUGUACUCAGGUUUCAGUAGACAUCAGAGAGCACAUACUAGAGGGAAAUCCUAUAAAUGUACACACUGUAGUGAAUCCUUUCUUCAUUUGUCACAGCUCAAACUACAUUACAAAAUUCAUUACAGACAAUAUCCUUGCAAAUGUGGUAAAUGCUUUUAUCAUAUAUCAGGCUUCAAAAAACAUGAGAGGAUCCACCCUGGUGGGAAUACUUACAAAUGCAGUGAUUGUGGCAAAUCUUUUAUCUACUACUCACAAAUAAGAAAACAUCAGAGAAGUCACACAGGAGAGAAACCUUACAAAUGUAAUGAAUGUGAGAAAUGCUUUCCCCAGAAAUAUCAACUUACAGUUCAUCAGAGAAUUCACACAGGAGAUAAACCUUACAAAUGUAGUGAAUGUGACAUGUCUUUUAUCAAGAAUUCCAAUCUUAGAAGUCAUCAACGAAUUCAUACAGGAGAGAAACCUUAUGAAUGUAGUGAAUGUCACAAAUGCUUUACCCAAAAAUGCAGUCUUGUUAUUCAUCUGAGAAUUCAUACAGGAGAUAAACCUUACAAAUGUAUUGAAUGUGACAAAUGCUUUACUGCAAAAAGCAGUCUUAGAAGUCAUCAGAGAAUUCAUGCAGGACGGAAACCUUAUAAAUGUAUUGAGUGUGACAAAUGCUUUAACCACAAAAGCAGUCUUAGUAUUCAUCUCAGAAUUCAUACAGGAGAGAAACCUUACAAAUGUAGUACAUGUGACAAAUGGUUUACUCGGAAAAGAAGUCUUGUUAUUCAUCAAAGAAUUCACACAGAUGAAAAACCUUACCAAUGUAGUGAAUGUGAAAAGUGCUUUACUGAGAAAGGCAGUCUUAGAAGUCAUCAGAGAACUCAUACCGGAGAGAAACCUUAUAAAUGUAGUGAAUGUGACAAAUGCUUUGCCCAGAAAUACCAACUUACAAUUCAUCAGAGAAUUCAUACAGGAGAGAAACCUUACAAAUGUAGUGAAUGCAAAAAAUGCUUUACUGAAAGAGGAAGUCUCAGAAGUCAUCAAAUAAUUCAUACAGGAGAGAAACCUUUCAAAUGUAGUGAAUGUGGCAAAUCCUUUACCCUGAAAUGCCUUCUUACAGUUCAUCAGAGAAUUCAUACAGGAGAGAAACCUUACAAAUGUAAUGAAUGUGGAAAAUGGUUUACUGAGAAAGGCAGUCUUAGAAGACAUCAAACAAUUCACACAGGAGAGAAACCUUACAAAUGUAGUGAAUGUGACAGAUGCUUUACCCAAAAAAGUAGUCUAAGAAGUCAUCAGAGAAUUCAUACAGGAGAGAAACCUUACAAAUGUAGUAAAUGUGACAAAUGCUUUACCAAGAAAUCCCAACUUACAGUUCAUCAAAGAAUUCAUACAGGAGAGAAACCUUACAAAUGUAGUGAAUGUGAGAAAUGUUUCAGCUACAAACGUGCCCUUAUAUGUCAUCAGAGAAUUCAUACAUGAAAUAAACCUUACAAACGCAGUGAAUGCCACAAGUCCUUUACUGAAAAGGGCAGUAUUAGAAGCCAUGACAGAAUUCAUACAUAGAAGAAACCUUACAAAAGUAAUGAAUGUGACAAAUGCUUUAUUGAUAAAGUCACUUGUAGAAGUCAUCAAGGAAUUGAUGCAGGAAAAAUACCUUACAGGUGCAGUACAUGUGGAAAAUAUGUUACCCACAAAUAUGGUCUUAUGAUUUGUGGAAGAAUCCAUUCAACAGAGAAACCUUAUAAAUAUAGUAAAUGUGACAAGGUAAAAGCUUCAAGUAAAAGCUCUCUUAGAAAACAUCAGAAAAAUCAUACAGGAGAGAAACAUUACCGGUGAGGUGAAUGGGACAAAUUCUUUAUCCAGAAAGACAGUCUUAGAUAUCAUCAAAGUGUUCAUACAUGAGAGAAACACUAUGUGAUUGUCUGUACAUGCUUGAUACGGGAAGUGGCACUAUUAGGAUAUGUGGACCUGUUGGAGUAUUUGUAGCCUUCUGAAGCAGUUCUGUUACUCUGGGCAUGACCUUUAAUACACUCAUCAUAGCUGCCUAGAAGCCAGUCUUCUCCUGUUUGCCUUCAGAACAAAAAGUAGAACUCUCAGCUGCUCAAGCGCCAGGUCUGUUGAUAUACUGCCUAGCUCUCUCCUUGAUGAUAAGGGAUUAAACCUCUGAACUUAUUAGCCAGCCCCAGUUAAAUCUUGUCCUUUUUAAGAGUUGCCUUGGUUAUGGAGUGUGUUUUACAGCAGUAAGACCCUAACUAAUAUAUAUUGCAAAUGCCACGAAUGUGUCAGAUUCUUUACCUGGAAAAGUCAUCUCACAAUUCACCAGAUAAUUCAUACAAGAAAGAAAACUUACAAACGUAAUGAAUGUGGCAAAUGUUUUACAUUUAAAGACAAUCUUAGAAAACAUCAGAUAAUACAUAAAGAAGAGAAACCUCAUGAAUAAAAGGAAUAUUGAACAUUCUUUAUCAGGCAAGACUGUAUUAGAACUCAGCAGAGAAUCGUAAGAGAAACCUUACAAAUGUAAUGAAUAUGACAAAUCUUUAUUUUAAAAGGUGUCUUCAAAUUCAUCUGAGAAUUGAUAGAGGAAAGAAAUUUUACACAUUCUGUGAGUGUGACAAAUCCAUUCCUGAGAAAAACCAUCUGAAAGGCAGAGUAUUCAUUCAGAAGAGGAACCUUACAAAUGUAGUUAAUGUGACAAAUCUUUUGCCCUUAAACCUAUCUUAGAAUCCCUUAGAGAAAUCAUACAGGAGACAAACCUUACAAAUGAACUGAACAAUCUAUUGAAAAGAAAGACAAUUUUAGAACUUGUCAGAAAUAAAUACAGGAGAGAAAAUAGGCAAAUUGAGUGAUUGUGAAGAAUUUGUUAACCAAAAAAGACCAUCUCAGAACUCAUCCAAGAAUACAUACACAAGAGAAACCUUGUAAAUGUAGGAAAGAGUGAAAUUGUUUGGUGCUGGCUAAUCUCUUAGAAUAUGUCAGAGAUCAUAUUAAAAUGAAAUGUAUGAAGAUUAUUUGUGCCUGUAUUUCAGAACUAAGAAUGCAUUCAAAAAUUAGUAAUGGGUCCUUCCAGUCUGAGCCAGUGCCCUGAGCAGAACUUGGGCACUAGCUCUGCAUCCAGUCCUACAACAUCCAGAAACUUCUCUCCCAGGUGCUCUAACAUACCCAGGAUUAUUGGUGAGGAGGCCACAACUUCUGCUCCAUCACCAGGAGUAACUGGGACCCUUGAGAUUUAAGGACACAGGAACACCAUCCCACCCCCCAGAUACUGGCACAGGUUCUUUCUGGUCUGAGCUGCUACCCUGAACAGACAUUGGUUGCUAGCUCUGCACCUAGUCCCACAACACCUAGAGAAAGCUUGACUCGAAGGUACUCUAACAUGCACAGGAUCAUAGAACAAGUCAGGAGCUUGAUCACAACAGAAUUUCAGGACCCCAGAGGCAGGUUGACUUCCAGGAUCUCUGUCAAACCCAGGAUCACAGAAUCACAGGAUCAGAGACAGCUGGACUCUGAGGAGUUCUGACACAAUCAGGAUCAUCGGAGGGACAGGCUUCAGUGAGAGACAACAAGGGCAUGUAGCACAAGAGAUAACCAGAUGGCUAGAGGCAAGUGCAAGAACAUAAGUAACAGAAACCAAGUCUAUAUGGUAUCAUCAGAACCCAGUUCUCCCACCAUACCAAGUCCUGAAUGCCCUACCACACAGGAAAAGCAAGAUUCAGAUUUAAAAUCACUUCUCAUGAUGAUAGAGGACUUUAAGCUGGACAUAAAUAGCUCCCCUAAAUAUAGGGAGCAAUCCAUUAAGUGGCACUCUUGUUCCUUCAGGUUCCUGCCCUCCUUAAGUUUGGGCCUUCACUGCCUUUGAUAAUGAUCUGUGACAUGGAAGUGUGAGUGAAAUAAACCCAUUCCUCCUGAGUUGCAGCAAUACCAACCCUAAUGAAAACAAAUUGGUACCAGGAUCCUGAGAUAUUGUGGUGACAGAUUUGACCAUGUUUGGGGGAGGAGUAUAGAACAACUUUGGACAGUUGUGUGAAGAACCUAUGGUGUCUGGUUAGCUGGAGCUGAGGAAUCAGGUAUGAUCAAUAGGAAACCAGAACCACUAAAGUGAAAGCAUUGCUUUGCUGGAACAAUUGAUGCUGAGUAGCUGGAACUGCAAAUGUAGCUGUGAUUGAAAUGUAAGAGGUCAACAUCAAAGGGGUAAACACUUCUGGGAAGUAUUUUCUCAACGUCAGUACAUGCAAUUUGUAUUCAGAGGUGGCCAAGGUUGUACCUCAAGCUGCCAGCCAAACAUACUGUAAGAGUCACCCAUGUGGUACUGGUUUUGAAGACAUAAAGGGAUUGUACAGAGCAUCUAAGACUGAUCACAGAGAAGCCAGCAGAGGCCAUUGGUGAAAGUGCAUCAAGAGUACCGAUGGAUUGAAGGGGUCCUGGAGAAAAUUUGAGAGUUUGCAACAUGAAAAGAGCCUAUGAGAGGGUACUGGUGUGAGCACAGACCAGUUGCAGUAGAGGGCCCCAAAAUUUUAGAGAUGUACCAUAGAAUGACUACCAAGUACAGCAGUAGCUGUAGAGUGGAACCCACGAAAGUGUAGAAGACAAGCUGUGUGUUCUGUAGAAGGCAGAGCUGGAUAAGUGACCUAAGCCACUUGGAAGAAACAAAUGAAAAAUCCUGUGGACCUGGGUAAAAUCUUGUGAAACUUCCAGGGAGUAAAGCCUACCUAGCAGAAAUAGUCCACUUGGAGUGUCCUUUAAGGCAGGAACAUAAUAAUUCAAACCAGCAUUUUCACUCAAAGAUACUUUUACACCUUAUCUUCAAUAAUGGACUCAGUUGGUGGCUUAGCAUGGACCUCCGAUAUUGGUACUUUGGAUUUGUCAGGAACAAUAGAAUCAAGCAGCCUUGGUGAAGACUCUAGAUGAAAACAAUGUUGAAAGGUGGGAAGAACGUCUUUAGAGGAAAAUAAAAUAGAAUGUAGGGGUGGAAGGACCACACUGAAUAAGAACGGAUGGAGUAAGAACUCUUCUGAUGUUCCAUGUUUUGUAUGAAAUACUCAAAGAAUUUUCCCCAUUUAGUAUUAUGUUGGCUAUUGGUUUGUCAUAUAUAGUCUAUAUUGUUCUGAGAUAUGUUCCUUCUUUAACUCAUUACUUCAGUGAUUUUAUUAUGAUCAUGUUGAACUUUGUCAAAUACCUUUUACAUCUAUUAAAUGAUCAUAUAAUUUC